AUGACCAGCAAACAAUUUGGACUUUACCUUUCUCUACUAUUGGUUGGGCCGGUCGUCUGCUAUCCAGCCCAAUGGAACCUAGUUCCGGACGAUUUCGGAAAGCUUCAUCUAGUCGCAACAGAUCCAGAUCCGCUGCAGUUAGACAAUGAGCCUGCCUUCGACCCCGAGACUGACGUCAUCUUUCGUCUGUUUACCAGAUCUAACCCGCAAGCAGCGCAAAUUGUCCAGUGGAAUGAUCCACAAUCGUUGCGAGAUUCGUAUUUUAAUUCAAACCAUCCAACUCGGUUUACAAUCCAUGGUUGGGUCAGUGGAGAGGAUGCUAAUCUGCACGGUCUAAUUCGGGAGAACCUGCUAGCGAUGGGAGAUUUCAACGUCAUUAAUGUGGAUUGGGGUGCAGGUGCUCAGACUAUCAACUAUAUUCAAGCUAGGAAUCGUGUGGGGGCAGUUGGCGAAAUGGUUUCACGAUUUAUCGAUAUGCUCGUGGAAACAACUGGAGCAACUCACGAUAGCAUUUCUGUUACUGGAAGUAGCCUUGGAGCGCACUGCGCGGGGAAUGCGGGAAAGUUUCAAAACGGACGGAUCAAUACAAUCAUCGGAAUGGAUCCUGCUGGACCGUUGUUUUCCCUUGGUCAACCGGACAUACUGAGCGAAACUGAUGGACAGUAUGUUGAGGCAAUCUAUACCAAUUCCGGCCUUCUGGGGUUCGACCUUCCACUAGGGCAUGCAAACUUUUAUCCCAAUGGUGGUCGUACACAGCCCGGCUGUGGAAUUGAUAUAACUGGGAACUGUGCCCAUACCAGGGCUCAUCAGUACUUCGCAGAGUCAAUCGGAUCACCGCUAGGUUUCGUUGGAGUACGUUGUGCGUCCCACCAGGAGAUCCUAGAAGGGUUGUGUACCGAAAGUGGUCCAACGGCACUGAUGGGCGGUGAACCAUCCAACUAUGGUCGUGGCGUAAGCGGGUACUAUCAUUUACUUACUAAUGAGCAGUCACCAUUCGCGAGAGGAUAA